CCAAGAAGCAUGGAGGUAAUUCAUGGCAGGCCCUACUGCUGCAGGGAGCUUGAAGGAGCUGACAUACCAUCAGACACCUUUUACUCUAAUGAAUUGCACACCCCACUACAAACAGCUGCUCGCCCAGCUGCCUCAGAGGACAGGUAUCAGGAAUUAAGGGAAUCACUCCAACGAUGUAGGCUGCCGUGGGGUGUUGAAAGGGAAUAUGGUGGCAUAAUACCCAUUUCACUCCCUGAGGAACACAGGCCAAAAUGUGAACCUCCUCGUGUCAUGGGCAAAGGACACCAGCAUUAUGGAUUUGGUGGAGAAACCUGGCCAAGAAAGCUUCCUCUUGAACAAUUUUAUUAUUUGUCACAGAACAAAAAAAGUGAUGUCUAUGGAAAUGAUUCUUUGAUGCCCACACCAUCUAAUUCAACAGUAGGAGAAAUCUGCUGCCCGUACCCACCUGAACACCUCUACCACACACAUAGCUCUAGCGGAGCCACGUUCCCGAUGUCUCCAUCACCUGAGGGUCUCUACACUGGCGUUAAAGCCCAAAGCCAACAGCCACUUCCUCUCACCGUGCCAGCAAGGCCUUACGAUGCAGCAGUUUUGAAGACAAGAGGUAAUCCUUACAGAUACGAACUGCUUGAUUUUGCCAUGGAUUCAAAGAAGAAAGCCUUGGCUUGGCCAGGUCAGGGUGUAUAUUAUGAUGCCUCCCUCUGUCGUGGCCUCUCACGUUGCGGAGCACAGGCUCCGGACGCGCAGGGUCAUCGGCCAUGGCCCACGAGCCCAGCCGCUCCGCGGCACCAGGAUCCUCCCAGACCGGGGCGCGAACCCGGCUCCCCUGCAUCGGCAGGCGGACGCGCAACCACUGCGCCACCAGGGCUGCAGAACUGCAUUCUGACUAUGGGUAUUCACUCCAUCCGCCUCUAUGCAGAAGUGAUGCAACCUUCUCUUCAGACAUCUGUCUUAGACAUCUGUCCUCCUCAACUCUCAUAAGAGGAUGUCAGCUCUCCUCCUAACUCUGCUGGUUGUUAAAGCUAAUGGAUCUGGCCUCAUUUGGUGGCAGAGAAUAUCUACACUCCAAGUCUUGCUCAUCAUAAACUCAAUUUUGAAAAAUCUUUAUGGAGGCUUCCAGAUUAAGAUAGAUUGACUCCAUGCGUCUAAUUUCACUCACUCUAAAGAGCACAUUAAAACUACAGGAAAGUUUUUGAGCUUUGUUUUUUGUUUGUUUGUUGUUUGUUUUUACUGUAUUUUGUUUUUGUUUUAUCCAAAGCAUAAACUAGCCAGGUCAGUUGGGGGAGCAGAGCUGGGACAUUAGGAACACUUUAGAAAGGAGGUGAUGAAGGAUAGAUCCUUGCUGGCUAAAGACACUAGAACCCUAUACUGGCAGUGGGCAAAACAGCCGGUUUAUACAGCAGAAUCCUCAAAAGGCUCCAGAACUCAGUACCAGGAGUGACCGUGUCUGGGAGUAAAGGCAGGGGGUAGGGCGGGGAUGGAGGAUUGCUAAAUUAAGGAAGAUUGGGUGAAAGCUAAGACACAAUUGAUUCUUAGAAUCUCUCCCUGCCCCACCCCACCCCAUUCCCCAGUGCUAGACAACUGCCCACCCUGAUAGAAGUCUGGAGGGAUUAUUUUCCAAAGAAAGGUAAAAAAGAGUAUUCCUGGUGUGGAGAACACCAGGCAGAGCUGAAGACUGGAUACUGUUCUGAAAACAGGGGAGUAAGUAUUUUUAUCAGUCAGGAUCCCAGCAGGAAACAGACCUCAGAGGAUUUCACUGAGGGGAGUUUAGCGAAAGGACUCUUUACAAGAUGUGGGCAGAGCUAAGGGAGCCUCCAAUGAGGUUCCCAGGAACUAGUGAUUGCAAGACCACUCCCAUCCCUUCAGGAAAAGGGAAGGGCCCACUGUUACAGUGCCUCCCACUAGCCAAAUCCAACCAGAAGUCAGAGAGCAAGGGAACCCAGGUGAUAACAAUGUCCUAAGGCAAAGAAGGGGGAAAUGGAUCUAUAGAGGCAAAAAGAGGACAACCAGCACAGUGACUCCUGAGGGCUGAGAGGUGCAGCUCCCUUCCCUGCUAGGCUACCAGAAAAUUGACAGACAUCAACUCUCCAGCAGAAAGAGUUCCCAGCUAAGGUUGAACAAGGCAAUGCUCUCCCUUCUUGUCUCAGCUCUCAUUUUGUAAACAUGUGUCCUUUUUGCAGUCUACUUCAUGCCACGUUUUUCACAUUUUGUGCCCUUUGUUGGUGAUUUUGCUGUGUAAAAUGGCCCAAGAUAGUGCAUGUGCACUGUUCCCAAGUGCAGGAAGUCUGUGAUGUACCUUACUGAGAAAAUAUGUCUGUCUGUGCUUCAUUCACGCUUGAGUUCUUAGACCUGACACAAAAUACAUGAUCGAUAAAAGAAAAAACUGACAAAUUGAACUUCAUCAAAAUUUAAAACUUUGACUGGUGAAAGGAUGAAAAGAUAUGCUAUAGACUGGGAGAAUAUAUUUUGCAAGCCAUAUAUAUAACAAAGGACUAGUAUCUGCAAUUUAUAAAGAACUCUAAACAUUCAACAGCAAAAUAACAAACAAUCCCAUUAGAAAAUGGGCAAAAGACAUAAAGAAACAUUUCACCAAAGAGGAUACAAAUGGCAAAUAAUCAUUUGAGAAGAGAUUCAACAUCAUUCAUUAACCAUUAGAGAAAUGCAAAUUAAUACCACAAUGAGAUAUCAUGACACAUCUAUCAGAAUGGCUAAAAUAAAUAGUGAAAACACCAAAGACUGGUGAGGAUAUAGAGAAACUGAAUCAUUCAAACAUUGCUAGCAAGUGCUGGAAAAUAGUUUGCCAAUUUCCUAAAAACUAAACAUGCAACUUCCAUAUGAUCCAUAAAUUGUCCUGAUGGACAUUUAUCCCAAAGAAAUGAAGACUAUGUUCACACUAAAACCUGUACAUGAAUAUUCGUAGUAGCUUUACUUGUAAUAGUCCCAACUGGAAACAACCCAGAUGUCAUUUAAUGGAUGAAUGGAUAAAUAAAUUGUGGUAUAUCAAUACAAUGGAAUAUUAUUUGGCCAUAAAAAGGAAUGAAGUUCUAAUAUAUGCUACCAAAUGAAGGAACCUUGAAAACAUACUAAGUGAAAGAAGCCACAAAAGACCACAUACUACAUGAUUCCAUUGAUACAAAAAUCCAGGAUUUAGUAAGCUAUAGAGACAGAAAAUAGAUUAAUGCUUGCUUAGGGCUGGGGGAUUGGGGUGAUAUGAAUGGGGGGAUAGAGGGGCAGAGGAGUAAUAAUUAAAUAUAUGGGGUUUUCUCCUUGAUGUGAUAAAAAUGUUCUGAAAUUGACUGUUGUGGUGAUUACUCAUAUCUGACUAUAUUAAAAAUCACUGAAUUAUAUAAUUUAAAUUGUAUGGAAUGUGAAUUACAGCUCAAUAAAUUAUAAGGUUAAAAAAUAAAUCUGUGAAGGGAUUACAAACUUCUUUUUUUUUUUUUUUUUUUUUCAAACUUCUUUGAAACACAAUGAAGUAUCUGUUAGCUGAAGGGAGAAUAC